CUCAAGUAAACGUUCACAAGCAAACUACAUCAUGGCAGAUAUAAAAAGCAAUAAAAAAAAGAUGGCGAAUGCCAGAAAUUAUUUCAAGGAAUAUUGUGAUUAUACUGGAAUACACGGGUGUAAAUUUAUUGGGGAAGAACGCACUAUGUGUGAAAAGAUUAUAUGGAUUAUAGUGUUUUGCAUAAGCUUAUUCACAUGCAUCACAGUAGUGUAUGAAGUAUUUAAAAAAUGGCAAAAAAGUCCCAUUAUAGUAAAUUUUGCUUCUGAGAAAGUGAACAUUUACGACAUCACUUUCCCUGCCGUAACUAUUUGUCCCGAAACCAAAGUUUAUAGUGAUUAUUUUAAUUAUACGUUAAGCCUAAAAAGCAGCCUAAAAAUGAACGAGACUAACUUCAAAGGGGAUCAGCUCAAGAAACUCCAAUAUAUGUCUUUGCUAUGUAACGUCAAUGUAUAUUACCAUAAAAUUCCAAAAAUCGAUACUAUUGAUGAAGGAUUUUAUGAAUUUUUAAAAAAUGGUGCACCCCAAUUUUUCACAAAGUGUAUAUGGAUGGGAUCAGACUAUCCGUGUGAAGAAAUCUUUCAGCCUCUAUACACAGACGAAGGAUUAUGUCUUACCUUUAAUAUGCUUAAAAAGUCAAAAAUAUUCACCUCGGAAACAGAAGGUGUUCACUCUCCACCACCCUCAUAUGUAGACAAUGACGCAGUCAAUUGGUCAGCAGAUUUUGGAUACACAGAUGACGCAGGACUUAACGCUUAUCCAAGAAGAGCGUUCUUAUCUGGAUCCACCAACUCUCUACAGGUCAAUCUUGCUAUUAAUAAUACAGAUUUGGAUUAUGGAUGUACUCAUUUUCAAGGAUACAAGGUAGUACUUCAUAGUCCACAUCGCUAUCCAACCCUGUCCAACCAUUACAUAAGAAUCCCUCUUAGAAAAUCAGUUAGUGCAGCCAUCACCCCAGUGGUAUUGACUACGUCAGAUGAUGUGGCUCAGUACCCAAUCCAUAAGAGAAAGUGCGCAUUUCAAAAAGAUAAGAAACUCAGAUACUUUUCUGAAUAUUCGCAGAUGAACUGCCGCAUGGAGUGCUUAUUGAAUUUGACUAUGGAACUUUGUGGGUGCGUGGAAUAUUAUAUGCCCAGAUUAAAAGGCAUGCCAAUCUGCGGAACUGGCAAAUACGAAUGUGUAAAAGAUGCUACAGCUCACAGGACGGUGUUGGUUCUCCAACAGCAAUCGAAGGAACAUAGGAAGGCGUAUCUGAAGCAGGAGCAAUUUAGGGGCCAUUUUAAGCAAAUGGGACACAAUUUAAGCCACAAGCAAUUUUGCUACUGUCCAGAUAUGUGUAACAUUAUUGAAUAUAACGUGGAAAUUACCGAAAGUGAUUAUGAUUGGCCAAGGAAAAUGGCCACCCUCGGUAUUGACCUGGCUGAAGAUGAAGAAGGGCUUUCAGCAUCACAAAUUGAAAUCUACUUUAAGUCAAGUACUUUUAUUCCUCAAGAACGUAACGGCCUAUUUGGUUUAUUUGAUUUUUUAUCAAACGUUGGAGGCCUUUUGGGGCUCUUCAUCGGGUUUUCGUUGCUAUCCAUGGUCGAAUUUAUUUAUUUUUUAAGUUUAAGAAUUAUUUGCAAUUUGAAAUUGUAUCACACCUGGUAUGGUAAACCUGAAAGUCCCCAGAAUAGGAGCAAUAUUGCUACUAUACCAAUGGUUACUGGUGGGACUUUCUUACAUAGAACUACCAGCGUUAAUGCUUAAAAUUAUAUAAAACUUGAAAUUUGAAAAAUUAUUUAAAUUUGUGUGUUGAUUAAUAUAUAUGUGCAUUUUAAAUGAAUAAUUUGUCAAGA